UUAGAAGCACCAAAACUUUCUCAUAGUGAAAAGAAAAAAAAAAAGAGAAGCAAUUAAGAUAUCAUGGUGUCCCAAACAAAGCCCAAGAUUCCAAAAAUAGAUUUCACCAAAGAAAACUUGAAACAUGGCACAAGUUCUUGGAUUGAAACAAGCAAUGAAGUCAAGUGUGCCCUAGAAGAGUAUGGAUGCUUUGUGGCAGUGUAUGAUAGGGUUUCAAUGGAGCUUUACAACGAGGUGUUUGGGUCAUUGGGAGAGUUGUUUGAUCUCCCAAAAGAGAUCAAAGUGAAGAACACUUCUCAUAAGCCUUACUUUGGGUAUAUUGGGGAUGAGCCUAUCAUUCCUCUCUAUGAAGGCUUUGGCAUUGAUGAUGCACCCACUCUUGAAGGAGCUCAAAGUUUCACAAAUCUUAUGUGGCCUAAUGGAAAUGACCAUUUCUGUAAAACCAUGCAGUCUUAUUCAGUGUUGGUAUCAGAAUUAGAGAAGAUGGUGAAGAGAAUGGUAUUUGAAAGCUAUGGAGUAGAGAAAUACUAUGAUUCAUUCAUGGAGUCAACCAAUUACCUUCUUAGAAUCAUGAAAUACAGAGGUCCAAAAAUGGAGGACGAGACCAAUGUUGGAGCGGGAGAACAUACAGACAAGACCUUCAUGACAAUACUUCAUCAAAAUCAAGUGAAUGGUCUUGAGUUGAAAACCAAAGAUGGCCAUUGGAUUAGUUUUGAUCCCUCACCUUCAUCUUUUGUGGUUUUGGCUGGGGAUGCUCUUUUGGCUUGGAGCAACAACAGAGUACAUUCUCCAAAACAUAGAGUGAUCAUGAGUGGGAAAGAAGAAAGAUACUCACUUGGACUAUUUGCAUUCCAAAAGGAAAUGAUACAUGUACCUCAAGAACUGGUUGAUGAUCAGCACCCUCUACAAUUUAAGCCAUUUGAUAAUUAUGGAUUACUUGGCUUCUAUUACACUGAGGUGGGAUCGUGGACCGAAUGUUCUGCAAAAGCCUACUGUGGUGUCUGAAAUCAUUUCUGACCUAGUUUUUCUACGAGCACAAAAUUCGAUCAUUAAAUUAGACAUAGUUCAUUGUAUCUAAUUCAUUGAUCAAAUUUUGUGCGUUUAGAUUUUUUUUUUUUUUUAUGAUCAAAAUAAAGUCCUAGUGCAUCUUAUAUGAUUAAGGUUUGUGGUUAUGAGUUAUGUAAUUUGUUAUGUCUUCUGUUUUUGAAUGUCUACAUGGGUCUUUACUCAUUACUCUCUAGCUAAGAAUUAAAAGCCAACAGUUAUUUAUAGUUGUGAAUGUGUUGGCGCAGCCAGAAAUUUAGGGAUUGUUUGGGAUGACCUAAAU